AUGUCGAGAAGAAGAGGACAAGCCAGGGGAAUCCAGAAACAACGCCAGGAGCAGCGCCUAAAGGACAAAAUCGACAAAGCGAAGCUUGAGGAACACGUGAACAACCUUGUUGCUGAUGAGAGCAGGAAGCGUCCAGAACACCACACGAUCGAAACGAUAUUGAAGGAAAUACGUGAUAUUCAGGAAACGCUCGAGGGUCUACAUGGCCGGCUUGUGGAACUGUCUACGAAGAUAGCGUCCCAAGCGAAGGAAAACAAUAUUGGACAGGCUGUCCAGCAAAAGAAGGGAAAGAAGGUUACUGCGAGGAGAUGGUGA